AGUGAGUGUGUGUGGGAGACUCCCAUGGGUAAAAACGGUGCGGGCGUGGAACUGACUGUACAUAGUAUAGCUACCCUAGGAUGGCAGCUAUGGCGUUCAUGCAAUGCACCAAAUGCUUGCAAGCUAGUUAUGUUUCACACAUACAUUAUCACAUACAAUACCAGCUAUGUAGGUACAUACCUGGGGCCAACCGGCUAUCUGGCAGUCAGAGCUCAGAGCUCAGAGCUCUCCUUGCAUUUGUUGAGCUUUGGCCGUCCAUGCAUUUCUUGGCAUAUGACAAGGAGCAACAUUGCAACAGCUCUAGAAAGGGCCAUCGGGAAGAUCAGUUCUCGUGCGCCCCAAUUGCGGGCCUCGUGUUGUGGAGUGAUUUGUCGCUUGUGGAGCAAAGCACAACAUGCGAGUCAGUCCAGUCAGCCUGAUAGACACUGCUGUGGUGCCACUCGGAAGAUGAAGCGGUGCUAUUAUUGCGGCCAGAGCAAGCAUCAGGGUGUUACUCUAGCACAGGCCAUGCCGUCUGUGGUACGGAAGGAUCCCGACCCCGCAAAUUUAGGCCCUAAGAAUAGCGCCGUAGCCCGGAAAUCAAGAUGCUCUCCUUUGUCAGAGAUAGAGACAAUGCAGAUGCCGUCGACAUCUUGAGACCGGUUACACUGCCUCAGCAUGCCAGCACACUUCCAUGUGAUUACCUGUCCUAUAGUAUCCACAUGGCUGAUAUUGCGGGAGAGUUGUUGUUGUUACAGAAACAUGUCGGCUUUGUAUCAUCUCAAGUAAAUGCAGAUGCAAAUGAUUUGCCGUGCACAUCGCAUUGUGCCUAUAUAAAGCUAUAUGAACUGGGAAUACCCUUAAUAGAGUAUUACCCCGAGGCACCUCUCGGCUGGUCGGAUGCGGAGGAAGGGGGCUUUCGGCGAGAUAAAUCAAAAUCCGGGGUAGCUUGCCAUAGUAAUGAGCCUGUUCAAUCAGUUAAUUAGGCCUCAAUUUAUAUUCGGCAGUUGCCCGCCCGCUCGUUCAUCAUGCG